UGUGUGCGUGAUGUACCCAGCAUGUGUGGACGCUAGAUCUCAUAAUCUGUUAUUGUUUAAUGAAUUAUUAAUUUUCUAUGAAUACCCGGAGUUCGGAAUUUUGAUGUGUGGAUUGAAAAGUGUUGCAUCUUCUAAUUGAAAGAGGUUUAGUAAUCCAAAUCUUUUGAAAACCAUGUUUUAUGUAAUAUUGGUUCAGAUACCGUUUUCUGCGUUGCGGGCGCUCACAGAAAUAUUUACUUCGGCUAUGUUUGUGGAUGGCAUUUAUUGGGUAAAUUAUUUUUGAUGAAACUUUAUAUCCUGCUGAUAAUGACUCGCACGAAAAGCUGUUAUGGAUGUUCUACGCUUUCGAUCUACCUUUCCAUCGAUUCUUCGUCCAGUUGAAUAUUACAACUUCAAAAGAAAUUUCCAACCGAAAUUAGCUCCUCCCCGUAAAAAGCCAGCCUUCUCAUCUGCGCAGCUGACCCCCGCAAAAUAUAACGAAGAAUUUGGUGUUACCAUCAGCCGCCCUACAUUAAACCUUCAGAAUGGUCAUCACUUUACAUUUGUUGAUGGAACUUGGGUACGAAAUUAUCACUGCAAAAUCCGAAAAGGUGGCAAGAAGCCUAUCGAAUCCCGUCACACAAAGAAAUUCGUGCAAGAUCAGUUUUCAGCUAAACCCAAUAAUAUUGUGCAAUCUCAUAAGAAUUUUAAAGAUCAGUAUGCGGCCGACCGGCAGGAAGUGGAAGAUUACUACAAAAGUAAACUAGAAGAAUCUGAACGUCGGCAUUGGGACACUCAAGAUAAAAUGCGCCGUGAACACGAAGCCCUGUUGAACGCAAAACAGUCGCAGAUUGAUGCGCUUAUUAUCAAAUGCAACGAAUACAAGGGAGAGAAUAAUCUUUUGCAAAUUAAGCUAGCAAAAACCAUGGAUUUGUUGGCCGAAUGUGCGGCCGAAGUCAAUUUGCAGGAAGCGGAACUGGCGGAAGCCAGUCGGGGUGACAGCCGGCGAAGCGGGCGGCCGUUUUCGGAAAGAAGAACGGGUAACAACGAUGCGUGUCCGCUGCCGACCGACGCAGAGGAUGAGGAAUAUGAGGACGGGGACUGAGCUUUGCGAGUAGGGUUGAGGGGUGUGUUUGUUCUGUUGCAUGGAUGCUGGUAGCAUAAGUAAAAUUCGUAAAUUUAAUGUAGUUCUGCUACAACAAAGACUGUUAUGAGUUUCUGACUGUGUUACCAACAUCUUGCAGUUGGUGGGGACCGUUGUUUAGUGAUUUAUUUUUGAAUCUUGAUGCCAAAGUAAAUAUAGUAUAUAUUACGAAAUGGCUGCGCCCGAACAGUUUGGAAAACGGUCAUGAAUAUAUUCAA